GUCUGAGCGGCGGGGAGGGAGCGGAGCGGAGGACCAGAAACCCGCGGACAGAGACCCGCACUCUCCGCAACAAACCCGGACAAGACAGGUGAUGUCAUUCUGAUGAGCAGCUGCAAUGUCCAAUGACAGCCAGGGAUCGGUAAAGGGGGAGGCGGCUAUGAUGCCGUCCCCCUCUGGCUCCGCCUCCUCCCAGGGACCACCCCUUUCUCCGUCCACCACUUCCAAACCACCUGAGCUCCCAGACGAGCUGGUCCAGGCGGGCUGGUCUAAGUGCUGGUCUCGGCGGGAGAACCGUCCCUAUUACUUCAACAGAUUCACCAAUCAGAGCCUGUGGGAGGUGCCUGUGCUGGGCCAGCAUGAUGUCAUUUCGGAUCCUCUGGGUUUGAACGCGGCGCCAGCAGAGGGUGGAGACGGUAACCUUGGUAAUGGACAGAGGAAGAGGAGGAGCUCUGAGGAGCAGGGGGUGGGGCCUAACAGCGUGAAGCGAGUCAAGGUGGAGCCUACCACGCCGAUCUCCCCCAGCACGCCUGGCGCCAAACCCUGGAGCUCCGCACCCGAGGACAAACAGGCCCCGUCGGCCACGCCCACCACCCCCAGCCCCGCCCCCGCCC